CCUUUAUCAAAUUUUGUGUGCAAAUUAACAGGGUCGUGUUUAUUUUACAUGCAUAUAGCGCUGUCAAAAUGAGGCAAGGACAUUAUGACUACCUUAAUGUUCAAUUGGCUCCAUUGCUUUACUUUCGCGUGCGUCAUAUGUGCAUACCUACAAGUAAAUUUUGAGUUUAAUUGAUACCGAGUGUUGUUUUUGUCACUGUUAUGCUCCCCUCCUCCGCCCGCGCUGUCCGCACUCGGUGCCUUUAGGAUGAUCGAAAUGCAUUUCAUUUGUGUCAUUCCCUAGAACCCCACAUUUCGGUAGUCUUUCUCAAGUUGAGCAGCCGGACUCACCGAAAUUCGUUGCGCUGCCUAAAUUUCUUGCUGAAAAGAUUGCAUCAGAUUGUACUGGAUCAACAAAAUGGGCCAAAAAUAUAAAAUUUCUCAAGAAACAGAUUUAAAAAUCGGCAAUUCCAAGCUCUCGGAAAGUCAUUUAAAAAUAAUCGAUGAUUCUGAUGAUGAAAAAUCAAAGAGUUUCUUUGUCAACUGGAGAAACUCAAAACUAGAAUCAUCCAACAAGAAAAAGAAUAAGAAGGAAGGAUCCCUUCCGCCAGUUUCCUACUUCAAACUGUUCCGAUUUGCGUCCACUUGGGACUUACUGUGGAUAGGGGUUGCCUUGGCGGCGGCAAUGGCCACAGGCGCUCUCAUGCCUCUCCUGAUUGUCCUUUACGGCGAGUUCACCAACGUGCUGGUCGACGGAGCACUCGAAGCGUCGCCAAACGUCACCAGACAGUACAAUUCCAACAUUUUCAUCACCUUCGACGAAAAAGGGGCGCCGUCUUCGGACGAUCCUGAUUUCAUGACGGCGGUGGCUACGUUUGGUAUCAGUUGCUGCGGCCUCGGCCUCUUGCAAAUGAUCCUCGACUACAUUUUCGUCGCCUGCCUCAACUUUACAUCAGAAAAACAGAUUUUGAGUAUCCGCCAGGCGUAUUUGAGGGCCGUGCUGAGGCAGGACAUUGGUUACUACGACACAAAUCAGACCGGAGAUUUCGCAAGCAGGCUGACUGAAGACCUAAAGAAACUGCAGGACGGAAUCAACGAAAAGCUUGGAAUGUUCAUCUUCCAGUUGUUCUCGUUCAUUUUUUCCAUCGUCCUGGCGUUUCUCUUCGGAUGGAAACUCACCCUUGUCGUUCUGAGCAGCAUGCCACUGCUGAUUGCCUCCACUGCUCUCGUAACAAAGAUGCAAGCGUCUUUGACUGAAAGAGAGCUCAAAGCCUACGCGUCUGCCGGCGCCGUUUGUGAAGAGGUGCUGACAGCUGUCAGGACUGUGAUGGCCUUUGGAGGAGAAGAAAAAGAAACUAAACGUUAUGCCCAAAACUUAAUUCCUGCUCGGAAAACGGCCAUGAAGAGAGGCGUCUACACCGGAAUAGGAAACGGCGUAAUGUGGUGUGUCACUUUUGCCUCCUACGCCCUAGCCUUCUGGUACGGUGUAACUUUGGUCCUAGAGAGCAGAUUAAUGGAGGAACCAGAAUACACUCCCGGCUCAAUGGCUAUAGUAUUCUUUUGCGUUUUGUAUGCCGCCACAGUUAUCGGCCAAGCCGCUCCAUACCUGGAAGCAUUUUCAAUGGCCAGAGGAGCGGCGGCGAUGAUCUUUUCGGUCAUCGACCGAACACCUCAGAUCGACAGCCUCUCCGAAAAGGGCCUCAAACCGAGCAGCAUCAUGGGAGAGAUCAAAUUUCUAGGAGUCAACUUUAGCUACCCCUCGCGGAAGGAAGUGCCUGUGCUGAAAGGGCUCGACUUGAAAGUGAAUCGCGGCGAAACAGUGGCGCUGGUUGGCACCUCUGGCUGUGGAAAGUCAACUUGCUUGCAACUGGUGCAGAGGUUUUAUGAUCCCGACGAGGGACUGAUUGAAGUUGAUGAAGUGGACAUAAAAGAAUUGAACAUAAGUUGGCUCAGGAGCAAUAUUGGAGUGGUCGGACAAGAGCCAGUUUUGUUUGAUGCAACAAUCGCUGAAAAUAUUAGAUACGGAAAUCCGAAUGCUACUUUUGAGGAAAUAAGAUUCGCUGCAAAAGAAUCCCAAGCUGAUGACUUUAUCAUGAAGCUCCCAAGUAAAUAUGACACGCUUGUUGGAGACAGAGGAGCUCAGCUGUCAGGAGGUCAAAAGCAAAGAAUCGCCAUUGCCAGAGCCCUUGUUAAAAAACCAGCGAUUUUGCUCCUGGACGAGGCGACAUCAGCCCUAGACACAAGCAGCGAAGCUCAAGUCCAGCAAGCUCUGGACCAGGCGAGCAAUGGAAGAACCACAAUUGUGGUGGCUCACAGAUUGUCAACGGUGAAGGGAGUAGACCGGAUUGUGGUCUUCGAAGGGGGCAAAGUGGUGGAGGAAGGCACCCAUAAUGAUCUGAUGGCCAAGGGUGGUGCCUAUUACAACUUGGUCGCAACUCAAACUGAGCACCAAGCGUCAGACCAGAGUAUUUUGUCAGAGGCAGUUAAACGAGAGGAAAAUGAGGUUGAUGAAAAAGAGAGGAAGGCAAUCGCAUUUAGCAGACAGGAAAGUAUCCUGGAAAAUAAUAAAGAGGAAGGCACAUUAGGAUACCCAAUAGAGGGUGAUCCUGAAGAUGUAGAAGCACCAGUUUUGGCGAUUUUAAAACUGAACAAACGCGAGUGGAAGGAAAUAACUUUUGGUUGUAUUGGAGCUUUCAUCGUCGGGUGCAGCAUGCCUGUUUUUGCAGUGCUUUUUGGAGAUGUUUACGGAGUCCUUUCCCUCCCCAACCCCGAGGACGUCAGAGAGGGCACAGACUAUUUUUCACUCAUGUUCUUACUUGUUGGCGUUGUGACUGGUGUGGGAGCAUAUUUACAAAUGGAUAUGCUGAAUCGCGCUGGAGUGAAAAUGACAAUGAGACUUCGUGAAGAGUGUUUCGCAGCUAUGCUGAGGCAGGAGAUCGCGUGGUUCGAUGACCCCAAAAACAGCACUGGUGCUCUUUGCGCGAGACUCUCUGGAGAUGCUGCCAGUGUCCAAGGGGCAACUGGGUCUCGAGUUGGAACUGCCGUCCAAACAUUCGCCACUUUGGCGUUAGGUCUUGGACUCGCUUUGUUUUUUUCCUGGAAAUUGGGACUUGUGACCGCUGCUUUUGUGCCCAUAGUUUUCUUCGCCGUUUAUUUAGAAGCGAGGAUUCUAAGAAUGCAGAAUGCCUUUGCCAAAACGUCUCUCGAGAGAGCCAGCAAGGUUGCAACCGAAGCGAUUGGAAAUAUCAGGACGGUGGCAGGUUUGGUGAGAGAAAGAGCCGUGAUUGAAGAGUAUUCAAACCUUCUGAAGGCGCCUCACGCCAAAGCAAUGCGAACUGCCCAUAUACGAGGCCUUGUUUUUGGAUUUGGGCAAACCAUGCCUUUCUUUGCUUAUGGCAUUAGUCUUUACUACGGCGGGUGGCUAGUCCACUACGAAAAACUCCCAUACGAAAACAUCAUCAAGGUGACAGAGGCACUUAUUUACGGCACCAUGAUGCUCGGCCAGGCUCUCGCUUUCGCGCCCGACUUCAACCAAGCCAAAGUUGCUGCAAACAAAAUCAUGAGACUCUUGGCAAGACAGCCGAAAAUUUUCCACACUUCGCAUGAUCCGCUCUCCGAAAAAUCGGCUGCGAUUGGUGACGUCAACUACAACAACGUUGAGUUUGCCUAUCCCUCGAGACCGAACGUCAGAGUCCUUGGGGGAAUGUCCUUGCAAGUGAAACCUGGCCAAACAGUGGCGCUUGUCGGCGCUUCCGGCUGUGGAAAAUCAACCUGCCUGCAACUCCUGCAAAGACUUUACGAUCCACUCUCAGGCACCAUUAAACUGGAUGAAAUGGAGGUGAGCAAUUUGCCUAUUACUAGGCUGAGGGCCCAGCUCGGAGUGGUAUCGCAAGAGCCAGUGCUGUUUGACAGGUCUUUGGCAGAAAACAUCAAGUAUGGGGACAACGCCAGGGAGGUCAGCAUGGGCGAGGUCUUGGAGGCGGCCAAACAGGCCAACAUUCACAAUUUCAUAUCCAGUCUUCCAAACGGAUACGAGACUCGUUUGGGAGAAAGGGGUGCCCAGUUGUCCGGUGGCCAGAAGCAAAGAGUGGCCAUCGCCAGGGCGCUCGUCCGCAACCCCAGGGUGUUGCUGUUGGACGAGGCCACUUCCGCCUUAGACGCUGAGAGUGAAAAGGUGGUGCAGGCGACUUUGGACGAUGCCCGCCGUGGCCGAACUUGCAUCACCAUCGCGCACAGAUUGAGCACUAUCAGAGAUAGUGAUAUGAUUUGUGUGGUUGAAAAGGGAAGGGUAGUUGAAUCGGGAACUCACUCGCAACUGCUUGCCCUCAACGGUGCCUACAGACGGCUCCACGCCUUUCAAGAAGGAUAAAUAAUUAAAUCUAUCAUUUUACAUACAAAAAAAUAAAUUUUUAUUCUUGAACGCA